AUGGGCAAAAGUCCCAAUUCGUUUUUAAUAUUUCGUAACUUGAUUCAAGCAAUACUUAAAAACUGUAGAUUGGAAAGAAGUUAUGUCUCUAGCAUUGCCAGUGCAGUGUGGAAAAAUGCAUCCGAAGAAAUAAAGGAUUGCUUUAAAAAUUUAUUUAAUGAAGUCAAACCUUUAAUUGCGACUGUUAAAAAAUUUGAGGGGCCUGUGCAAGAGGUUGAUCCCUCAACUUUUAUCAAUCGUCAUAAUCCUAUCUUAAACACAAAUUUCGCAACUUUCGACACAAAUAUUCCUUACUCGUAUAAUCUUUUUUGUGAUAUACCUCCACAAUAUCCACAUUCCCAACUAAAUAUGCAAACACCUCAAAAGUAUCAAGAAACAUAUCCUCAGUCUCAACAAAUAUGUAUGCAAAUGAAUCAAGAAAUUACUUCUGGAAUAUCUCCACAGUUAUUGUCUGUUAUGCUAUAUUCAGCAGACUAUCUCCACGACGGCGUGAACAAUUUGAGUUGUGAUAAUUUCCAUUUGUAA